AUGGAGAACGCGAGAUGCAACGAGCUUGAAGAGGAAAUUUCGCAACAUGUGUGCAGCCUCAAAACAGACCAGCACAGAGCUAGCUUCCGAAACCAGAGACGUGAUGAGGAUGAUGAAGCAACAACGGCCCGUACAUUCUCACCAAGUUCCAAGCCCUCGUUCAGGACGGCGAGCCGCGCAUACGGUGUGUGUGGACGCACCAAAGCCGACUGA